ACUUUGCUGCAAGCCGUUCACUCCUCUGCUGUGUCAACGUUUUAACAAUCAUUUCGCCCUCGACCUCGCCAAAGUGAUAUGUGUUGUAACGUUAGAGCGGAAGACAACUAAAGCCGUCGCUGUGGUACGUUUGAGGACCGUAAACGCCAGACUAGUUUAAUUUAGUACAAUGGGAAGCUGGAAGAAACACGUGCGCGCUCGACUGCUACAGAGAGACCAAACUGAGAAACUCCCCUAUGUUGGCGUUUUUACAAGCUUGUCUCUGCUGGAGGAACGUUUUGAAAUUCGCAAACAAAUUUUGGAAGAAGUUCAGUCUAAGAGUUUAGAACGAGGUGGAGUUGAAGUUGGGAAAAACACCAGACUUCUUCAACUCCAACUGAGAGAGAGUGAACACCUAGAAGAAAAGCUGUCUCAGACUGUCUCUGACCUGACCACCGUCUUGUAUCUGAAAGAGGCUGAGCUACAGUACUGGCAGUCACGUGUGUCCCAGUACCGUCAAGAGGCACUCACUCUGGCUAAAGGGAGUAACACCCUGAAGGCAACCCUUUCAGAAUUUGAGUUCAACAUAGAGUGUCAAUCCAAAGAGCUUGGAGCCCUGCGAACAGAGCAGAAAGGACUAAAGGAAGCGUUGGCACAGGCUUGGAGAGAGAAAGAGGAACUCUUGCAGCGAUGGAUGGAGGAGAAGAGGGAGGAGGCAGACAGGUUGAAUCAGUACAACGACACACAGGAAAGGUGGCAACGUUUGGCCAAACACCUGAGGAAGCACCUUCAUAGGGAAAUGGAAAAGAGUAUGUUCCCAUAGUGACAGACCCUUGGAGUGCUACGUCUCCAUCAGUCAUUCAGAGGAUCAGUAAUACCACAGAUAUACACCAGCGGCACUCAGACAAAGUCUCAGCGGUAGCAAACGUCUGAUAUUCCGUUGGGAUCCUGGAGAUGACAUUUCCUCAGUGCUUGUAGUUGAAAAACUCAUUUCCCGCACAGAAUGUGAUGCCAGAAAUAUGGCCAGGGACUACCUCUUUGAAACUAGAAGUGCGAGGACUGGUUUGGAAUUGUUUCUCAUCUGCAAUAUGUUUUUUUGUUUUUUUUUUAAUUUACUUGAAAAGUGAUUUAAAGAUCUAACAUAACCUCUAAAUAUAUUGUUAAAUUUGACUUUGUUAGAGUGCCUAAUUUUACAUUUACUGAUUUAACUAAAAUCCCCCUUUUGUGAAGUAAUGUCUGUUGUUAACGCGCCACAUCUGGACUGUUUGACACCCCUCACUGAAGACUAUAUGGUGUUAGUAACCAUGUGCCUUUUCCAUUGUUUAUUAACAUAGAAAAUCAUGUGAAUCAUUUUUACUUAUGUCAAAAAGUGUGUUUGAAAAGAAACCAGGGAUAUUUUAAAGGUUAAAUUAUAAAAUGGCAUCUGUUUAUUAGAAAUGGAAAAACCAAUCACUAUUCCUGGUGAAUAUAUUAUUGUAAAUGCAUUGUUGUG